AUGGCUGCAUUUAGAACUGCAACCUUAAUGGAUUUCAAGAGAUCUUCGUCUUUGUCGUCGGCACCUUCUCGAUCAGGCAAUUGCAGCACAGGAGUUUGUAAAGCUACAACGAGUUCACCCAUGUUUAAAGCCACUCCUGUGUCUCUACCUAACUUGCAAAGCAGAGAUUUUGUUGAGAAAUUGGGGAUGGGAAGUGGGUUUAAAAUUCCAAGUGUUGCGAGUCAGCCAGAUCCUGUCGUGGCUGCCAAGUUUUAUGCGGUUAAGGAAGCCAUAGCAGAUAGAGUGGAAAUGCAUUGGAAUGUUGGGGUGCAACGUGACAAUUGGAACCGACUCUUGCUGACUUCCUUGAAUGCAAUUACUCUUGGAGCUGCUACCAUGGUUGGGUUGGCAGCUGCAGCCACGACCGGUGCACCUAUCAUGGCGCUAAAGAUAUCAUCGACGUUGCUAUAUUUAGCAGCGACUGGAAUGUCGGUGGUGAUGAACAAGUUACAACCAUCCCAACUAGCAGAAGAACAAAGAAAUGCUGCUAGGUUGCUCAAGCAGCUUCACUGUCAGCUUCAGUCCAAACUCUCCCUGGGAGAUCUCAACAACAACCAAGUAGACGAAGCCAUGGAGAAAGUGUUGGCUUUGGAUAGAGCAUACCCUCUUCCUUUAUUAGGAUCCAUGAUUGAAAAAUUCCCCACCAAUGUGGAGCCUGCAACUUGGUGGCCUCAACAAAAGAAAAUGCAGAAGCCUAAGCAUAAGCAAGCAAGCACGAAGCUCGGUGGAAAUGGAUGGAGUAGGGCGCUAGAAGAUGAAAUGAGAGAGAUUGUUGGGGUGCUAAAGAGAGAUCAGCAAGAAUACUUGAGAUUGAGCCAAACGGCCUUACAAAUCAACAAGAUUUUAGCAGUUUCUGGUCCAUUAUUAACCUUGCUUGGAGCAUUUGGGUCAGUCCUUGUAGGUUCUUGCUCAGGGGCAUGGCCUGUUAUGCUUGGAGUUGUAGCAGGGUCUAUGGCGAGCGUUGCGAACGCAAUGGAACACGGUGGUCAAGUUGGGAUGGUGUUUGAGAUGUACAGAAGCAAUGCAGGUUUCUUUAAGCUCAUGGAAGAAACAAUCGAAUCGAAUGUAAAUUUGAGAGACGUUCGAAAAAGGGAGAACGGAGAAGUGUUGGAAAUGAAGGUUGCUUUACAAUUAGGGAGGAGUUUAUCAGAACUCAGGGAAUUGGCUGCAUCAAAUUCAAGCAGAGGAACAGAGGAAAUGGGAGAGUUUGCAAGCAAGCUUUUCUAA